AUGACCGAUGAACGGACACCGCUAACGUCGGUUCCAUCGCAGCAUCUGCUGGACAUUGAUAGUUCAUCGUCCUACGCUCAUCAAAUAAAAGGACACGAAACGUUGCGGGAGCGACAGGUGAAAACCUUUCAAUGUUGGAUCUGUUCCGCCAUUUUAGGAGCAUUUAUAAUUGGAAUAACAAUAAGCAUCAGUUAUAUUAUACUACAGGACCUGAAUCCAGAUUCAACAAAUAGCACAAAUGCUACGACAACGGCAGACUUUCCGGAUCUGCUUAAUCUCAUAAGCUUUCCUAUAUCUGAUGAGCCGAUUCCGAACUGGGAUGCACCGAAUAUUACCGAGCAGGACGCAACUGAUGCAAUAUCCGAGGGUGAGAGAGCACUAGGGGAUAAGGAAUUACUCGAAGAAGCUUUAACGGCACCUCCUGUAAACUCGCCGUCAUAUCGACACCAAAGAGCCGUUGGCACGACUGUUGCAGCACGUCUAGCCGCGAAAAUAGGUUACGUCGAAAACAAAGCUACAAAGGCUUUCGCAAAAAAGUUCGAUAUUAGAAAACGUCACAGACGAUGGAGUAUCGGCAAAGGACCGUUAAUUAGAAUACCUCAUCAGAAUAUAACACAAAAAUGUGAUUUUACAGCCAAAUUUCGAACCAGUAACGGAGCUUGUAACAACAAACUGUUUCCUUUUCUGUAUGGAGUGCCGAUGUUACCGUUCCGGCGUCAAUUGACGCCAGAUUACGCGGAUGGAGUGUCUAGUCCACGUGCUACGGUCGACGGCAAGGAACUUCCUAGUGCUCGGCAAGUGUCAUUGCAGAUCCAUCGACCUUCGUAUCAUAGCGAUCCAAAUUUUACUGUUAUGCUUGCAGUUUGGGGACAGUUUCUGGACCACGAUAUAACUUCAACGGCACUUAAUCAAGGAGUAGGCGGUAAAGCGAUAGAGUGCUGUGAUCCAGGUCAACCACGCCAUCCGGAGUGCUAUCCAGUACCGCUUGGUCCAGGUGAUCCAUACUACCAGGACUAUAAUGUAACCUGUAUGAACUUUGUGAGAUCGAUCCCAGCUCCAACAGGGCACUUUGGUCCUCGCCAACAGCUCAAUCAAGCAACAGCGUUCAUCGAUGGUUCCGUGGUGUAUGGUUCCGACGACGAAAAAAUGACGCAACUGCGCAGUGGAACAGAAGGAAAGUUACGUAUGUUUACUACACCGGAUAGUCGUGAACUACUGCCAAUUUCUACCGAUAAAAACGACGGUUGCAAUGAAGAUGAAAUGAAUGCCAUUGGAAAGUAUUGCUUCGAAUCGGGCGAUCCACGGGCUAACGAAAAUCUUCAUUUAACAUCGAUGCACCUUAUUUGGGCGAGACAUCACAACAGUUUGGCAACCGAAUUGAAGAAGGUUAACCCAGACUGGGACGAUGAACAUUUAUUCCAAGAGACUCGCCGGAUAUUAGGUGCACAAAUGCAACAUAUAACAUACAAUGAGUUCCUGCCGGUGAUUUUCGGCGAGGAAAUCAGCGGAAAGAUAGGUAUACUACCGACUCCAGAAAACGAUAGCGAUUCAUACAAUGCGACAGUCGAUCCAACGGUAGCAAACGUUUUUGCGGCAGCUGCGUUCCGGUUUGCACAUACCUUAUUGCCGGGCCUAAUGAAAAAAACCAACGAUCCGACGUCAUCAAUUGGCGGAAUUGAGCUGCACAAGAUGCUGUUCAAUCCUUACUCGUUAUACGGGCGCACGGGGCUGGACGAUGCAAUCGGCGGAGCAAUGAGUACACCGUUGGGCAAGUACGACCAGUAUUUUACCACGGAACUGACCGAGCAUCUUUUCGAAAAGUCACAGGACCUGUUGCAUGAUAGGCCAUGUGGUCUGGAUUUAGUAUCGCUAAACAUCCAGCGGGGACGCGAUCACGGUCUACCAGCCUAUCCUCAUUGGAGGAGGCACUGUCGUCUUCCUCCGGUCGAUACGUGGACUCAGUUGGCCAAAGCCGUUGACUCAAACUCUCUGAAGCUGAUGCGACAAAUAUACGGAGAACCGGAAAACGUGGACGUCUACUCCGGUGCUCUCAGUGAACCUCCCGUUAAUGGCGGUAUAGUCGGUCCGCUGUUAACAUGCUUGUUGGGUGACCAGUUUGUACGUUUAAAGCAAGGCGACUCGUUUUGGUAUGAACGUAGAAGGGGACCACAGCGCUUCACAAAUGAUCAACUGCAGCAAAUCUACAAAACUCGAUUAUCUAGCAUUAUUUGUCGCAACUCCGACGCUAUCGGUCAUUCACCAGUAUAUCUAAUGCGGAAGGCUAAUAUUGAAACUAACCCGGUGCUUAAAUGUUCUGAGCUUGAUUUUUUCGACUUCACCGUCUUCAAGGACAAAAAAGAUAGCCUUUCAUCGGGUCGCGUCAAGCUGGCGACAGCCAAGGUUGCAGUUGCAGUUCUACAACCAAAACUUAAUUCAACAGACAACAAUGAAACUAUGCCGAAUGAUACUACGGCCAGUACUAGUGCAUCAAUAACCACAACGAGUACAGUGUCCGUAAUUACAGAAUCCAAGACACUUCCCUAG